AAUGGUGGAAGAAUGAUGGUGGGGUUCUCUUGAUCGGCGUCAAAGGAAAGGAACUCAUUUCCAAAGACAAGCAACUAAACCCAAAAAGAACCAGUCAUCCCUUUCCUCUUGUGGUCUUUGAGAUGUUUAAUGCUUCGAAGGCUAUGCCCUUUUGCCCUGCUCCCCUUUCCUCAGUUUCAGUGAUGAGGUAGUGAUGUACUGAAGUGUGGCCUAUUUGCGGAGUCGGGUUUCUGGCGAGGAGUUUUUUCGAAUCCAUACAGAGGGAAAAAGCCUCUAAUGGUGCUCUCCGUGAAGUUGCUACUUUCCUUGGCCGUCCUUUACUCGGGAUUUCAUGCUGGCAGCUCUGCCACGGAUCCUCAAGAUGCUGCUGUACUUCAAUCUCUAAGAGGUUCAUGGCUUAACACUCCACCUAACUGGGGAAGGUCUGAUGAUCCUUGCGGAAGCCCCUGGGAUGGUGUCACCUGCAAUAACUCGAGGGUCACCGCUCUGGGGUUAUCGAGCCUCGGCAUCAAAGGGCAGCUGAGCGGGGACAUAGGUGGACUCUCGGAACUAAGAUCUCUGGAUCUAUCGUCCAACAAGGAUCUCACUGGUCCCAUCUCUCCCCGACUAGGAGACCUGAAGAACCUGAACAUACUAAUCUUAGCCGGUUGCGGCUUUAGUGGCACCAUCCCUAAUGAGCUAGGCAAACUUACAGAGCUAACGUUCUUGGCUCUCAACUCAAAUAAAUUGACUGGGCGUAUACCGCCUUCUCUGGGAAGCCUGUUCAAACUCUAUUGGCUCGACUUGGCCGAUAAUCAGUUGACUGGACCUAUACCUGUUUCCCCGGGCUUGGAUCAACUCAAAUUGGCAAAGCACUUCCACCUUAACAAGAACCAGCUCACAGGUCCCAUUUCGGAGAAACUAUUUGGCCCUGAUAUGAUCCUCAUACAUGUGUUGUUCGAUGGUAAUCAAUUGAACGGGACUAUCCCAACAUCAUUAGGAUCUGUUCAGACACUAGAGGUCCUUCGGCUGGACAGGAACGGUCUGCAGGACAAAGUCCCAUCUAAUCUGAACAACCUCACAAGUGUCACAGAGCUGAACUUGGCUUACAACAAUCUAGAGGGCCCACUGCCCGAUUUGAGUAACAUGAACGCACUCAACAGCGUGGACCUAAGUAAUAACUCUUUCGACCCAACACUUGCUCCUGACUGGUUCUCAAACUUACCAUCGCUCACGGCACUGGUUAUAGAGUAUGGACCGCUUUUCGGGCCUAUAGCGGAGAAGGUCUUCACAUUUUCUCAACUACAGCAAGUGAAACUGAGAAACAACGUGUUCUCGGGUGACUUGAACAUGAGUGAUGGAGUCAGCCCACUUCUGACACUCGUCGAUCUGCAAGACAACAACAUUUCAUCUGUAACACUGGGCUCUCCUGGCUACACAAAUACAUUAAUGUUGAUCGGGAAUCCUGUUUGUAAGACUUCGGCCACAAAUCCGACUUAUUGCCAGGUCCAACAGGGAGACAAGCCAUACAACACGAGCCUUGCGAGCUGUGGGACCAAGACUUGCCCUCCUGAUGAGAAGCUCAGCCCUCAGAGGUGUGAAUGUGCCUUCCCAUUCGAGGGGACCCUGUACUUUAGGGGACCCUCUUUCAGGGACGUGUCGAAUGCUGACUUGUUCCACUCACUUGAAAUGACCCUGUGGACAAAGCUCGGGCUUCCUCCGGGUUCAGUCUCUCUGCAGAACCCUUUCUUCAAUGUGGACGACUACCUCCAAGUGCGUGUUGCUUUUUUCCCAUCCACAGGAGAGUUCUUCAACAGGACGGAGAUAUUGAGGAUCGGUUUUGACUUGAGUAACCAAACUUACAAGCCGCCAAAACAGUUUGGUCCCUAUUACUUCAUCGCAUCUCCAUAUGUCUUUCCAGUUCAUAAAAGAACUCUCAGCAAAGGAGCAGUAGCGGGGAUUGCAAUCAGUUGUACGUUGUUGAUGCUCGGCCUCGUUGGGUUAGGGACAUAUGCUUAUUGGCAGAAAAGGCGUGCAGAGAAAGCAAUUGGGAUGAGCAGGCCAUUUGCAUCUUGGGUGCCGAGCGGAAAAGACAGCGGAGGCGCACCUCAGUUGAAGGGAGCAAGGUGGUUUUCUUAUGAAGAGCUCAAGAAAUGCACGAAUAAUUUCUCAGAAAGUAACACGAUAGGCUCGGGAGGCUAUGGCAAGGUGUAUCGAGGAAUACUUCCUGACGGGCAUAUGAUCGCAAUUAAAAGAGCUCAGCAGGGAUCGAUGCAGGGUGGGCUCGAGUUUAAGACCGAGAUCGAGCUGCUCUCGAGAGUCCAUCACAAGAAUCUUGUUGGGCUCGUCGGCUUCUGCUUUGAACAAGGAGAGCAGAUGCUGAUAUACGAGUUCAUGGCCAAUGGAACACUAAGGGAGAGCUUAUCGGGAAAAUCAGGAAUCUACCUCGAUUGGAAGAGAAGACUCCGUAUCGCUCUUGGCUCCGCCAGAGGACUCGCUUACCUCCAUGAGCUUGCAAACCCUCCGAUCAUCCAUAGAGAUGUGAAGUCAACUAAUAUCCUCCUCGACGAAAACCUAACUGCAAAAGUUGCAGAUUUCGGCUUGUCUAAGCUGGUCUCGGACAGUGAAAAGGGGCACGUUUCAACUCAAGUUAAAGGAACACUGGGAUACCUGGAUCCCGAAUACUACAUGACCCAGCAGUUAACAGAGAAAAGCGACGUAUACAGCUUCGGGGUGGUCAUGCUGGAGAUGAUAACAGCCAGGCAACCGAUCGAGAAGGGAAAGUACAUAGUCCGGGAGGUCCGCAUGGCCAUGGACAAGAACGACAACGAGCUCUAUGGGCUGCAGGACAAGGUGGACCCAGCAAUAAGAAACGCUGGACACCUCUUCGGUUUCUGCAGGUUCCUGGAACUAGCGAUGCAAUGCGUGGAGGAAUCAGCAUCAGACCGCCCGACAAUGAGUGAAGUGGUCAAGACCAUUGAGUCCAUCCUACAGAACGACGGGCUAAGCACGAACUCAACAUCUGCUUCGUCAUCCGCCACAGAUUUCGGGGUCCCCAGGGGGAGCGCCCCAAGGCAUCCUUACAGUAAUGAUUCUCUGCCCAAGAGGGACAGCAACAACAGCAACAACAGCAACUCCUUCGAUUAUAGCGGCGGAUAUUCGAUAUCUUCCAAGAUUGAGCCGAAGUAGAUCCCGGUCCUCAUCUAUUUCAAGUGUCUCAUUCAAACAGUCUUACACAUUCUCCCGUUUCCUCUUACAGUUCUUUUUUCCUGAUUUUUGUAUGAAUGGUUGAUAGGUGUUGUAACGGAACAAGAAACAUGAUAAUUAUUAGAUUGUAUGGAGAUGAAUUUACUAUGUUCAGCACGAUCGAAUAGACACCACGCAUCCAAGCU